AAAAAAUAAAAAUUUAUAUUAAGUUCAUGGUCAAACUCAUCUUAUUUGAAUCUCAAAUGUAAAAUAUAUCACAUAAAUUUAGACAGAGCUGUGUAGUAUAUACUCUACAAUAGAGUAGAUGUUAGUUCUCAGGAAGGGAUAUGCAGUGGCGACAAAAGGCGGAGGAAGAGGAAGAGGUGGGCUGAACAACAUGAUGAUGAACAAGAAGCUGAUCAAAGGAGGUGAUGUUGUUGUUGUUCAAUUAGCUCCGAACUCAGCAUGGGUGCCUGACCCCGUAACUGGUUAUUACAGGCCGGAAAAUCAAGCUGAUCAGAUUGACGCUGUUGAGCUCAGGCAAAUGCUUCUGAAGACCAAAUUCACAGGUCACUAACAGACUUGAGUUAUCUGAAAAUUACUGUGUGAUGUUUUUACUUGUUCUUUGAUUGUAAUGGGAUUACAAUUUUUUUAAAGUAUAUUGGUGCAAGCUAGCUGAUGAGGUAUUUUAAAUC